AUGGCCGAUACAGCCGCCACUAAGCUUCUCGGCAUGGUUUUCUUCCUUGUCCUCAUUUCUCAAGGCUAUGGUUAUUGCACCAUCCACAGUCUCUCUGUAGCACAAACUCAGACAGGAGUUAAGGUACAAGGAAAGCCAGAAUGGAGUGUGUCUAUCACCAACAAUUGCCUUUGUAACCAAAGCAGCGUGUUAUUAGAUUGUCGCGGUUUUCAAACUGUUGAGAAAUUAAAUCCAUACGUUUUGUAUACCAAAGACAAUGCGACUGUAUGUCUUAUUAAAUAUAGUAAUCCUAUAGUAUACCGUGAAGUUUUCAAAUUCACAUAUGCUUGGGAUAAGGCUUUUCCAUUAACUCCAGUUUCCUCAAAAUAUUGCUUGUCUAGUAGCAAAUUGAUCCAUUUUGGCUAG